AUGUCCCUACUCCAGUACUCCGAGUUCAAAUACACACCCCUACCGACACCGACUUCCAUCCGCCUCCUCCGUGUCCACCGCACCCGCAACGGCGUUCUUCCCUCCUUAUGUGGCUAUCCCAUACUCCACUGCUCCCUCCACGUCGUAGAUCUCUCUACCACUUCAGCACCAGCCUACGAGGCCCUCUCGUACACCUGGGACAGUCCCGAGACCGAGUAUCAGAAGCGGAAGACAGACAACUGGAAAGAUCCGUACGGGCCCCUGUGCAAAUGGCCCGUUGCCGUUAGGAACGGCACGAGGGGUGAACAUGCAGCCCUGCACGUGCGCAAGAACCUUUUUGAUGCGCUUCUGCACUUGCAGGCCAUGAAUGAUGUUGACCAGAAGGAUGGCCAAUUUGAUAAGACACGGCUGCAUGUUGCUGCCGAGGAGGGUGAGACAGACACAGUGAGGGCCUUGCUUGAGGAGGGCGCCAGCUGUGGUGCGAGGGACUGUUUUGGCGAGACACCACUUCAUUCAAUAGAUGCCGCUGAAAACGGCCACUUUGAGAUCGUCAAGAUCCUAGUAGCCUCAGGAGCAGACAUGAACGUAUACGACAAUACUGGCCGGCUUCCAGUCCAAUGCUGUAUCCAGCGAAAGCGCGGAGACUGGGAACAAGUCACCCGAUUCCUGCGUGACGUGUCCUACCGCACCCAAGAGCUCCGCGACGUCAAUGGCGGUGAUCUCGAGGUCGAGCAAAGACUCCCUCCUUACAACAAGACGCCCCUGAUCGAUGCUUCCGAGGACGGAAAGCUGGCACGCGUAAGAAAUCUUGUCCGCCGCGGGGCGAAUCUGUCGGCCACAGACGAUUUUGGCGAGACGGGUUUGCACUACGCGGCUGAGAACGGGCACUACGAUGUUGUCAAGGAGCUCGUACGGGCCGGAGCUGAUAUGGAUAUUAUAGAUGGCCACGGUAGGACACCACUACAGUGUUGUACCGAGCGAAAAAGACGCCAGUGGGAGGAGGUUGCUAGGUUCCUGCGGGACCGGUCGUUUCGACAGGAGGAGUUAAGCCGUUCGACUGCCGUGGUAGAAGAUGAAGACGAAGAUGAUGUCAAGAUGGGAGGUAAUGGUGGAGCCAGUGGCUUCUUCUGGAUUGACGCGAUAUGCAUCAACCAGGCAGAUUUGGAUGAACGGAGUGCGCAGGUGCAGAUCAUGCCCCAGAUCUACAGCAAGGCUAGCUGUGUCAUUGUGUGGCUUGGAGAUGACAGCCAAAUGAUUUUUCGACUACUGAGAAAUGUGUGGAGCCGGCCAGAUUUGAAUGGUGUGAUUCAGCGCGUAAACAAGAAAGCCAGAAGGCUCAAGGAGCUGAAGGAGCAGUGGUCGAUUUCACUGCUCGCAUUCUUGGAGGACACCAAUCUGGACUGGGAUAUGCCCGAUGGCGGGCUGUUCACCAUCAACGACAUCCGUCUUAUCCUUAGCACUUUUUUAAGAUCGUGGUUUACAAGGGUCUGGUGCAUCCAGGAACUUAGCCUGGCCACCAAGAUCAGAAUGUUUCUGGGCAAAACAGAGCUCGAGUGGCACGAGGUCCUGAAGUUCCUAUGUCUUCUCGCCCAUCUUGGCUUCUUCCGUCCCUCGAGCGUGUGGAAGAUGGACAAAGACUGGACCAUGAAGGAUGGAAAGGGCGGUGAUGGUAGCGAGGCUUGGAGACUCGCCGAAAUACGAUUGCGAACGGCAAGGAAUGAAGAUGAGUGGAAUAUCGUUGAUCCUAUCCUGCACCGUAAGGGCUGUGAGGCCCCAUGUGUUCGAAAGGCGGAUCGAUUGAGCCUACCUCUUCUUAUAGCAGCUACAUGGUCCUUCGAGAGCAAAGACCCUCGUGAUAAAAUCUAUGCCAUCCUGAGCCUGGCUGCACCUCUGCCUCCAGAGGACCAGAUCACGAUCGAUUAUACCUCCCCGGUGGAAGACCUCUACACCCAAGUCGCCCACAUAUUCCUUCGCGGUUCAGGGCGAGACUCUAUGUACAACCGUGGCAAUGGGCUCGCCGGAAUUCUCGAGCCCCUUGAGGGUCUUUCCUAUGUUCAGGACCCUUAUUAUAGCGGCCAACAGGCCAGAAUGCCUGAGUUGCCAUCGUGGGUUCCGGACUUCAGCAAUCCACUCACGACAAAUCGCAUCUGGCGGAGGUCCUUCAGGGCGGCGAAGAUGCUUGAGCCUGAGAUUGGACCUGGGGAGGACAAAAAGACACUCCAAAUUCUUGGGGCUCAAAUCGAUUUUGUUGAGGCUGUGGAGCCAGGUUGGGCUGAAUUGGACCCAGACGAUAUGCCGGAUGAUAUCGACAUCGACGUGGAGUCAUGGUUUAAGCUUCUAGAGACCAUGGAGCCCAACUCUGGUGAAAGUCCUAUCCAGAUGCUAUUCAGAACGCUUUCAGUGGACACGUUUUGGGAGAAUUGCGAUAAGGAAACCAGGGGUCGAAGCAUUGAUUCCUUUCGCGAAUCUAUAGCCUGGGAGUUGGCUUGUCAUAUCAGAAAGACAUAUCAAGAGGAAAAGGAAGCAAGCCACGGGUCAGAGGAAGCACCAAGCGCUCCGAUGGAGGUCAAAGAUGAUUCGACUUCUGGAGAAGAGGAAUCAGAAUUGUCUUCAGACAGUGACUCCAGUUCUGGCGAUGAGUCUGGGACGGUCUGGACUUGCAACAGUUGUGAUCGGGAGCUCGUGGCUGGCGACUGGCAUUGCGAGAGUUGUGAAGACUUCGAUCUCUGCUGGGAGUGCUUUCGCAAUGGCAAGCUGAAGCACGACCCCAAGCAUGACUUUACUCUGUAUCAAAUCUCCCCGAACGAAAAGUCGCCAGCAGAAUCUCGGAAACGGGCCAAGGUUCCAAGCCGCCUGGCCAAGUUAUUGCAUCCCCAGAAUGCUUCUGUGUCGACAGAUUCGAUAUCCUUGGAAAUAAAGACUGUGAGGAAGCGUAUCAGCCGACUUCGAUUUGGCAGAUGGUUUGGGGAGCAUGGAGAGAUAUCGGACAAGGAUACAAAUGACAGUGCAUCCAGCUGGGAGGAUGAUGAUGGUGACAGCACUGGAACUACAGCAAACAACCGAGAUCAUGAAGACUCCACGGACACCACCCGUGCCAACAUCCCAGGUAUCAAGCAGUCCUUAUCGCGCAUGCUCGACCACCAAAGAUCUCUCGAAAAUGCCAACAAAAACUUAGAAGGCUGGAGAUUUCUCCCCACAAGCGACGAGAUUCCAGCUCAAGACAAGCUAACAGGCGCUUUAUGGGAAUGGUGCAAGUACCACGGCGACCCUUCAACCUGUUCGACGCUCGAUGACGAGAGCCAUGUCCGUUUGCACAUGGUCAAAUUCUACCGCAAACGGUGCCUGUUCCGGACCAGAGCUGGGCGACUGGGUCUUGGGCCCCAGUCUGUGAGAGCCGGAGAUGAAGUGUGGUUGGUGGCUGGGAGUAGGACUCCAUAUCUACUACGAGAAAAGGGCCAGGAUAAUGAGGAGGAAGCGAAGCAGAGGUAUGGAUUUUUGGGAGAGGCUUAUGUACAUGGUGUUAUGUAUGGGGAGGCAGCUGUGGGUAUAGCGAAGGAAGAUUUGUGCCCAGAGAUUAUGGAGUUCGCGAUCCUAGGGUGUCAUUUUACCCGCGCCAAGAACCACGACUACUACCAAUGCACACACUGCCACUGUGGAUGA